AUGGGCCCAUGGAAGAAACGAUUUCCACUGCGACGCUCUGUCCCAGCGCACCGGGCCAAAGACGAGGCCGAGUCCGAUCGUCCUGAGGCUGAAAACCCCGCUUCUCAGUCUUCAAUUCCCUUAUUCCCGAACGGUAUCAAGGUCUUGCAUGACUGCGAGAAUGCCCUGGUCGAUGUUUGCUUCGUUCAUGGACUCACCGGCGAUCGGGAACGGACUUGGACAGCGGAUGAGCAACAAGACCCUUGGCCAAAGGUAUUGCUUCCUUCGAGGCUUCCGCAAGCUAGGAUUCUCACCUUUGGCUACGAUGCCUACGUAGUGCGGGGCUCCGUUGCUUCGUCCAAUCGCCUUGGCGAUCAUGCGUCCAGUCUGUUGAACAAACUCACUUCGAACCGAGAGUCAUGCAAUGCUACUACUCGGCCCCUUAUCUUCGUCGCCCAUAGCCUUGGGGGCAUCGUCUGCAAGCGGGCUAUUCUUUUGUCGCAGAAUAGCGCCGAAGAUCAUCUGCAAGACAUUUUUAAUGCCACUAGAGGCAUAGUCUUUCUGGGUACCCCCCAUAAAGGGGCAUGGCUGGCGAAAUGGGCGACUAUUCCCGCCUCGGCACUAGGGUUUGUCAAGUCUACCAACACAAACCUGCUUGACGUGUUGCAGAGCAAGAACGAAGUCCUCGAAUCUAUACAAGAUGACUUCUUGACUAUGACGCGAAGAUUGCGAGAGAAUGAUAAGGGCCGCCUCCAAAUCACCUGUUUCUUUGAAGAGUUGCCUAUGCGAUUCGCUGCGAAUAUUGUUGAAAAGGACUCUGCCUCUCUCGAAGGAUACACGGCCAUCAGCAUUCACGCAAAUCACCGAGAUAUGGUGAAGUUCAUGUCCGCGGAAGAUGAUGGAUUUGUAGCGUUGUUGGGAGAGCUCAAGAGGUGGGUCAAACAAAUUGGUAUGGCAGCUUAG